AUGAGCGACGGCGAGCUCCAUGAAGAGGAGAACCCGACAAACAGUGCCGCAGAUGACGAUGAUGACGAGGAUUAUGAGGAGCCUGGUGGAGGAAAUCACUUCUUGGGGUUUAUGUUCGGCAAUGUAGAUGAUUCUGGUGACUUAGAUGCUGACUAUCUUGAUGAGGAUGCAAAGGAACACCUUUUUGCACUGGCAGAUAAGCUUGGUCCAUCUCUCAAAGACAUUGACCUAAUCAAGUCUUCUCCAGCACCAACUGAUCCUUCUGAACAAGACUAUGAUGAGAAGGCAGAAGAUGCUGUUGAUUAUGAAGAUAUUGAUGAAGAAUAUGAUGGACCUGAAGUUGAAGCAACUACAGAGGAAGACAAUGUGUUGUCAAAAAAGGAUUACUUCUCUUCAUCUACAGUGUAUGCAUCGGUGAAUAGUACAGUUUCAGUGUUUGACGAUGAGAAUUACGAUGAGGAAGAAGAACCACCCAAUGAUAAUGAACCUCCUGGUGAUAGUGCUGCCCAAAAUUUAUCUUCAGUUUCUAUCGAGCAGGCAGAUAUGGCAACCUCAAGCGAUAACCUUGCCAUGGAAAAGAUUGGCUUGUUAUCACAUCCAGAAGAAGGCAUGGACUUUGAAUAUGAAGAUUUGGAGAAUGAAAAGGGCACUGGGGAAGGUCAUCUUGAGCCUGAAAGUGCGACUUCCCUCCCUGUUUUAUGCAUAGAGGAUGGGAACGCGAUCCUGAGGUUCUCUGAAAUUUUUGGUAUCCAAGAGCCUGUAAGAAAAGUGAAAACAGAUCACCACAAACGUCCAGUGAAUAAAGAGCUUCAGAUCACAAAUGUUGCUGACAAUGUUGAAGAAGAUGAGGAACUAAUUCUCCGGAGCACUAUCCAAAAUUUCUCAACUUUGAAGCACAUCCAGAUGAAUGAAGAUUUUGUUGAGAGUGACAGUGAUGAGUCUAUUUCUGAUGUCACUUUAAGGCUAAAGGAUUCAUGUCUUUCAGAACAACCAAUGAAAGAUGCACAUAAGGAUAUUCGUACUAUCCAGCGAUCUCCAAUUUGUCCUGAUUUUUAUCCACUUGAGCAUGAUGAUUGGGAAAAUGAUAUCAUUUGGAACAAUUCACCAGCAACUGAUCAGCAGCCUUAUGCAAAAAUCUGUGAAUCUGAAGAGAGUGUGGACACUCAAGGUGAAGACCAGGGUAAGGAUUAUGGCCAGGUCCCCAGGUGUUGGGAUGUACAGAGUAAAAGCAAUGGUUCCCCAGUAAUUGAAGAGACUUUUGGUUGUACAGAAAUGCCUGCUCCAGAUAACUACUGUUCCCCUGGGAAAAGUUACCCUCCACUGACAAAUGAAGAUAACUUAGAUCACAUAACGCCAAAUAACUUAGAUGAUACAGUUAAAAUUGACACCACGAUGCGUUUAAAUAACCUUAGUUUACUGAACAGGGAAUUAUUAGAAGGAUCAUGGUUGGACAACAUAAUUUGGGAUCCUACUGAGGUUACCACAAAGCCUAAACUGAUCUUUGACCUCAAAGAUGAUCAUAUGCUUUUUGAGAUCCUAGAUGAAAAGAAUGUGGAUCACCUCCGGUCUCAUGCUCAUGCUAUGAUUGUUAGUCAGUCAACCAAUACUUCAACACCAACAGUUGAUAAUUUUGACAAUCAAGCAAAGACAUUGAGUGGCAGAUUCAACAUCUCCAAUGACAAGUUUUAUUCAAAUAGGAAGACUCCACAGCAAGCUAAAUCUCAUACUAAAAAACGUGCUUUAAUGGGCAUAAAGGUGGUGCAUUCUGCUCCAGCUCAUAAGCUGCAAACCAUGAAGCCAGUAUUGAGCAAUAAGGAAAUUGCAAACUUUCAUAGACCAAGAGCUAAGUGGUACCCACAUGAAAAUAAAAUUGCCGCUCAGUUACAAGGAACUGCUUGUAGCCAUGGGAGGAUGGCUGCUUUACUUAUGUCAUUGGGAGGAAAAGGAGUCAAGAUUUUGGUAAAUGCUGAGGACACUCCGGUCUCUGUCAAAUUAAAAGCAUCAAAGAAGUUCGAAUUGAAGCCUUCCGAGAAGAUCAAAUUGUUCUGUUCUGGGAAAGAGCUUCAGGAUGACAUCUCGUUAGCAAUGCAAAAUGUGCGACCAAACUCCAUUGUGCAUGUUGUUCGCACUGAAGUGUAUCUAUGGCCAAAAGCACAGAAAUUACCUGGUGAGGACAAGCCUCUACGCCCUCCUGGGGCUUUCAGGAAAAAAACUGACUUGUCUAUCAAGGAUGGACAUGUUUUUUUAAUGGAAUAUUGUGAAGAGAGACCUUUGCUUCUCUCGAAUGCAGGAAUGGGAGCCCGUCUCUGUACAUAUUACCAGAAAACUUCCCCUACUGAUCAGACAGCUGCAUCACUGCGAAACAACAGUGAUGGACUGGGCACAGUGCUUGCAAUUGAUCCUUCUGACAAAUCGCCUUUUCUAGGAGAUAUACAUUCUGGGUCCCACCAAUGUUGUCUUGAAACAAACAUGUACAGAUCACCUGUAUUUCCUCAUAAGGUUGCACCAACUGAUUACUUAUUAGUUCGUUCAGCCAAAGGGGUGCUUUCUCUCCGUCGCAUUGACAAGCUAUAUGCUGUUGGCCAACAAGAACCUCAUAUGGAAGUCUUUUCACCAGGGACUAAGAACGUGCAGAAUUAUCUUCUGAACCGAGUUCUUGCAUAUGUUUAUCGUGAGUUUCGUGCUAGAGAGAGGCCUGAUGGUAUUCCUCAGAUUCGAGCUGACGAGUUACCCAUACAAAGUCCUCUGACAGAAGCUAUAGUGAAAAAACGAUUGAAGCAUUGUGCAGAUUUGAGGAAAGGACAAAAGGGGCAUUUUUUCUGGACACAGAGACCUGAUUUCCGGGUUCCAUCAGAGGAAGAACUGAGGAGAUUAUUGACGCCAGAAAGUGUUUGCUGUUAUGAGAGUAUGCAAGCUGGUCUUUAUCGUCUCAAGCGCUUAGGAAUUCUGAAGCUUACUCAGCCUGUUGGACUGGCUUCUGCUAUGAAUCGGCUUCCUGAUGAGGCUAUUGAGCUUGCUGCUGCAUCACAUAUCGAGAGGGAACUGCAAAUCACUAGCUGGAAUCUUACAAGUAAUUUUGUUGCUUGUACUAAUCAGGACAGAGAAAAUAUAGAAAGAUUAGAAAUCACUGGUGUUGGAGAUCCAUCUGGUCGUGGGUUAGGAUUCAGCUAUGUGCGAGUAGCACCAAAAGCACCUGCCUCCAAUUCAGUGCUCAAGAAGAAGUCAGCUGCUGCAAAGGGUACCACUGUAACUGGGACUGAUGCUGAUCUCCGCAGGCUGAGCAUGGAUGCAGCCCGUGAGUUGCUGCUGAAAUUCGGCGUACCUGAAGAGCAAAUUGAUAAAUUAACAAGGUGGCAUCGGAUUGCUAUGGUGAGGAAGCUUUCAAGUGAACAAGCUGCAUCGGGAAUUACUAUUGACGAAAUUCCUGUUACUAUAGAAGGUGAUGACAAUGGCAGUGACACAGAAGCUAACAGUGAUCUAGACUCAUUUGCUGGGGAUCUUGAGAACUUGCUAGACGCAGAAGAAUUUGAUGAUGAGGAUACUAGUACAGCAGACUUGAGAAUUGACAAAGCAGAUGGAAUGAGAGGACUUAAAAUGAGAAGGUGCUCUUCGCAUGCCCAAAUUAAUGAGGAAAUUGAAGAUGAUGAAACAGAAGCCUCUCUGGCAAAGAAACUACUUGAAGACGAUGGUAAUGAUGUCAAGAGGAAAAAGCAGCCUGCGGAAUUGACAAAUUGUGGCACCUCUAUAGGUGCCAAUAAAAUGAAGCAGAGUAAGACUGGGCAAAUGAUCAAAUCAUCUGGUUAUGCUGGUGCAUUAACCCCAAAGGAGAGCACACCAAGAGAAGGAAAAGAGGUUGAAAAUUCUUUUGCUGAGGGUGGUUUGCCCUCAAAACUAAAACCAAAGAUGGCACUCGAUGCAAAUGAGAUCCUUCUAGUUAAAAAGAAAAGUGUUCUAGGAAAGGAUGGACCUAAGGAGAAGAAACAGGGUGCAAGGGGGGAUACUCUUGUUUGUGGAGCCUGUGGUCAGGUUGGGCAUAUGCGGACUAACAAACUGUGCCCCAAGUAUGGGGAGGAUCCAGAAAUUUCAGAAAUGGAUGCUAAUUCAGUUAAGUCCAACCCUACGGAUAUAAACCAUUUGCAAGCAAAGAUACCUAAAAGAUCGAUACCAAAAGUUUCCUCUGAAGUUACUGAAACUGAAGGGCCAGAAGGUAUUGAAAAGACAAAAUCUGUCCCAGUAAAAUUCAAAGUAGGGGCACCUGAUAAAUCCUUGGAGAGGAACAUGUCACUCUCCGUUUCACUCGUUUCUGAUAAACGUGUCAUGGAUGUUACAGACAGUAGAUCUACUGGAAAGAAUGCACCUCGCAAAAAGAUCACCAUCAAGCAGCCUAAAGGCAUAGACCAGCAAAGACAUGUUGAACCUAGGAGUGGUCAGGAGCCCACCAGAAAGACAAGAAAAAUUGUAGAAUUAUCGAGUUUUGAGGAUAGAAGUAGAGAGGAUGAUCAUUGGUUUGGUGGGGAACCCAGCCAGAUGAAUUCCUCACAUGAGAGGAGGCUGGGUCUGGAAGGAAAAAGAAGCAAAGCCACAAUGCAAAAUGACAGAUCCUGGAGAGAUUUUGAGGAGCAAAGAGAAAUGCCACAACCAAGGCUCUUUGAUGCUACGAUAUAUGCAUCGAGGGAUGAAGACCAUCUAAAGGCAAAAAAGAAAAUAAAGAAAAAGAAAAAACAUGAAUUCAAAGAUGAUGACUUACUUGAUCACAGGCCGUACAGAAAUGACAGAAGGGUACCUGAAAGACAUCGAGCAGUAAAAAGAUCUAGUCCGGCUCAUGUGAUUGGAUAUGCGUCAUCUGCUAAGCGUCGCAGAGGAGGAGAGCACCCAAUGGAUCUUGGUACCAUUAGAGACAAGGUGAGAGAGAUGGUGUACAGAAACCGGGAUGAAUUCAGGCACGAUGUAGCACAGAUACAACUGAACGCACACUUAUACAAUGACGAUCGCCAUCCUCACAUUCCUCCACUCGCUGACGAGCUCAUGGAGGUCUGCGACUACCUGCUUGACCAAAGUGCAGAUCUGCUCACCGAGGCGGAAGAUGCUAUUGAGUAG